AUGUUUCUUGUUCGUCCAGGCGAUAGAGCAGGGAAUUGGAAGCGCUGGGCUUGUGCGCCUGGGAAAUCGACGAUCGAUCGAUCGAUGGAGGACAAUGUGAUUCAAUGUUUCAGAGGCGACGAGCUUCUUCUGGCGCCAGGGAUGAUCCCAGCGGCCGCCCUGGAUAGCUUUCAGGUAAAGCACCUCGCGCAUUGGUCUACCACAGAGCCGUCGCUCGUCCCGAUCUUUGUCAAGUCCGAUCCAAUCCUCCAUCCCUCAAGCUGGCCGCCGCUGGAAAUCGUGGAAGAAUCGCAGGCGGGGGAUGUGUUCUACGCGAAUCCACUGGUGGACUGCCAUGGCGUAGGUUUUGAUUUCCAUCCAGCGGACAGGCGCCAGGGAUUGAGCUGGGCGAUGCAAAGUCCGCUGGCCGAUGAGAUUCUUCUAAGAUGCGAGGCACUACCCGAUCUGGAAGCAGACAUCCCGGAAGCGCGAUUUGUCAAGAACGAGCCGCUGCGCUUUGCCGGAUUCCUGGACGAUGUCACUACCAGCUCGUCGGGAAGCGUUGUCGAAGACUGCUGCGAUUUCGAUCAGAUAAUGGCGCCGGUAGCGCCGCAGCCCCAGAUUUUUCACUCUCUCGGCGGAUCAUCGGCUUGUCCAAGCUCAUGGUUUGGCAAUGAUCAGAAUCCUCGCUCGUCUGGGAACGAAGAUCUGGAAGCCGCGCUUGGAAAUGGGACCAGUUACUAUGAGCCACCAAAGAAGCUGCUAAAGACGUCGCGGAUUGAAGCUCGGGAGUGGGAUGAUCACGAUCAGGGGAUCAAGAGAAAGAACAAGGAAGAAGAAGAAGAACAAGAGGAAGAACUGGAUCAGGAGAGCGAUCUACAUCCAGCCGAGAAGAAAAGGUCAUGCCAGAGAUCCUCAAGGCAGCAGCAGCAGAGGGAGCCAUGGAGCUCGAUCGAUCCACAGAGCGUGGCGGCGAGGCGCAGGAGGAAGAGGAUCAGCGAGCGCGUCCGGUGGCUGGAGAAGCUCAUCCCCGGCGGGAGCAAGAUGGACACGGCGAGCAUGCUCGAGGAGGCGAUCCGCUACGUCAAGUUCCUUCAGCUCCAGGUGGAGCUCCUGGAAAUGAUCGGCGGCGGUGGCGAAGAUCACCACCGCCCGCCCAACUCGCCCCUCGUCCUGUCUGAAGAGCUCCAGGAGGUUCUCUUCCGGAAGAGGUGCUGUGUCGCGGCGAUCAAACAGUCAACGUAAAAAGUCAAAG